GGGCGGCUCCGCCGUGAGGCUGCGCGGCCGCCGGUCCCCAUGGCGCUGCUGCCGCCGCUGCUGCUGCUGUGGGUGGCGGGGCCGCCGCCCAGCCGCGGCUUCUCGCUGCCCCUGCAGCGUCCCGCCGAGUGCGGCCGUGCCCGGUACUUCGACGUCUCUCGCCUAGCCUGCGGGCCCUGCGGGGCGAACCAGACACCGAGCGCCGGCGGUAGUUCAUGUGAAUGUCAGCCAGGAUACAGGAUGGUUUCUAAUAAUGGUGGGUCCUCUGUUGUUUGUGAGAAAUGCCCAGAAAAUAUGAGCGGAGUUACUCAAGAUGGAUGGAAUUGUAUUACUUGCCCUAAGGGCCUAACUUCUGAAGGAAAAUGUAAAUGCCUCAUUAAUGAAAUACUAGUGGAAAGAAGCGUUGAUGGCGUUCUGCUAAAUGAAGCUUUGUGCAUACAUUGUAAUGGGAGUGAGCCGUCAUUCUCAGCUUCAGAUGUGUUAGGAAAUAGGUGUGUAAGAUGUGAACAAACAUUCAUCAAUGUAAGCAAGUCUUGUGACUGUAGCAGCCCAAACAUUUUAACUGGGGGAUUAUGUUUCAGUGCCACUGAAAGCUUACCUCCAAAGGCAGUAGCAACUGUUCGGUUUGGACAAAUAGGCGUAACAUUGACAUCAGCCUGGUUUCUGAAAAACCUGCAGGCCUCAGCCUCUGCUUGUUGGUUGUACUCUAACCUAACAGCAUGCCAAGCUCUUGGAAAUAUGUGUGUGAUGAAUAUGAACUCACUGAGUUCUUCAAGUACUGAUGCCUGCGGUUUAUUUCAGUAUAUUUAUGCCAAUUCAGCAAGGCUAGGCAUCGUUCAUUCAAUAGCCUACUGGAGACACAAUCUUCCAUGGCUAUAUUACGGUGAUCAACCAGGUUUAGCAUCCCAAGUCCUUGAGACAGAUCAUUUCCCCACAGUCUUCAGUUUUAUAGAAAAAAGUAAGGAUGUAAAACUGCAAUUUAUUGCAGCCUCAUAUGAUGCAGCAGGAAACUUCCUUCAGUGGCAGAGUUUGGAAGGAGGCAUCCUACAGCUCUGUCCUGAUACCCAGACUAAACUGAAUGCAGCUUAUACAUUUGGAACAACUUACGAACAAAGUUGCAAGAUUUCUGUUUCCAAGAUUUUACUGGAUUUUGCUAAUCCAAUCUUUUAUGACCUAUUCCUUGAAUAUGAUGGUGACAAUGGACAACAAUAUCUUUGGGCUGUGCCAGUUUUAAAUUUGAAUCUUCAGUACAGGGAAAUGUAUGUGAAUCAAGGCAGCAAUAUGAACAACUGGCUUUUGACUCGUCGAUUUUUUUUGGUGGAUGCACUAAGUGGAAAAGAGAAUGACUUGGGAAAACUACCAAGAGUAAUUCGAAUUGCUAGCAAAAUAGCAAUAAACAUUCGUUUGGUAUCCCAUACUCAGAGAGGAACUAUCUACCCACCUCUAAUUACUAUUGCUUACACAGACGUGCUUGUCCAAAACCCUGACACCCAGAGUGUGAUGGUUUCCUUCUCUGUCAAUUAUGAGAUGAAUCAGUCAGAGGCUCAGAUUCAGACUGACAUCACAUUGGGUGUGUUAGGUGGUCUCGCAGUGUUACGGUCCCUUCUCAAGACUGCAGGCUGGAAGAGGCGUACAGGAAGCUCUGUAAUUGACUUGCAGACAGUUUUGAAGUUCUUACUGUUUUAUGCUGGAGACCUUGCCAACGUUUUCUUUAUCAUCACAGUGGGCACAGGGAUUUAUUGGCUUGUGUUUUUCAAAGCUCAGCAGUUUGUCUCUGUCCUCUUACCACUUCCUUCUCAAGAAAAAGCUUUUGUUACAUACGUAGCAUGUGCUUUCAGUCUGAAGGCCCUGCAAUUUUUACAUUUACUGGUUUCACAACUUACUAUAGAUAUUUUCUUUAUUGACUGGGAGAGACCUAAGGGCAAAGUUCUUAAAGCAAUUGAAGGUGAAGGUGCAGUAAAAAGUGCUGCUGCACCCGUGAGCAUAUGGAGAACAUACUUUAUAGCCAAUGAAUGGAACGAAAUUCAGACAGUGAGGAAGAUAAAUCCCCUCUUUCAAGUGCUUGCAGUCCUUUUUUUUCUUGAGGUGGUGGGACUUUCAAACCUGGCUUUAAUGGAUUCUUCUUCCAACCUUACAAGAAGCAGUGAUAGUUACAUAGCACCUUGGAGCCGCAUUUUAAGAUUUGGUGUGUCUGCUGCGCUAUGGUUAGCCAUUGCCUUCCUCCAGAUUAUAUUUUUUGCUGUGUUUUAUGAAAGAUUUGUUGAAGACAAGUUAAAUCAAUUUGUUGAUUUGUGUUGCGUGAGCAAUAUUUCAGUGUUUCUCCUGUCACACAGCUGCUUUGGCUAUUACAUCCAUGGUCGCUCUGUGCAUGGACAUGCAGAUACCAAUAUGGAGGAAAUGAAUAUGAACCUAAAGAGAGAAGCAGAAAACCUUUGUAGUCAGAGAGGUUUGUUACCAAACACAGAUGGCCAGACAUUUCAGAUUUCCAUCUCAAGAACAAUGAGACUGCAGUAUGACAGGAUUCAUGAAACCCUAACAAGAAGACGUGGUCCUGCUAGGUUUUUGGACUCAUCUGCAAAUACUUUCGAACAAAGCACAAUGGCAUACAAUGCCAUGAACAAAUUUCUCAGUUCUUUCAUUGAUCACGUUCAUAAAGAAAUGGAUUAUAUUGUUAAAGACAAGUUGCUGCUUGAACGGAUUCUAGGCAUGGAGUUCAUGGAGCCAAUAGAGAAGAGUAUUUUUUACAAUGAUGAAGGACACUCUUUCGAUGACGUUCUCUACUAUGGCAAUGAGAUGACACUGCUCAUCUUUGAUAUGCUGUUUUUCUCCAUUGUGGAUCUGGCUUCCCAAAGUUUUGUUUUAGCAGCUAUUCUAACGUACUUGCAACAGGAGAUAUUCAGGUUUAUUCGUAAUAAAGUCGGGCAGAAGAAUUUGACAUCCAAAACCUUGGUGGAUGAACGAUUUCUCAUUUAGUUAAGAAGACUACAAACUUUGGUGAGGAGUUAAUCAUGGAAGUCGUGUCCAGGAUCAAAGCAUCUCUUCUGACGUACAGAUUAAUUCUGGUGUACUUUUCAGUCAUAAUGUAAUGGUUUUGCAAUUUAUCAUUUUUUUAUUGUCUGAUAUUAAAUUUUAUUUUUGUAUAUUUGCAAAUGUUUUUACGCUGUGAACACUAAGCCAUAGGCUUUUAAAAGGAAAGAUAAAUGACAAAAAGACAGAAGUAAACUUAACGUUGUUUUAGUAGAAGAAGUUAAAGAUUAUUUAAUGGUUUUUGAUAAGAUUUGGACCACUAAUUUUGAGGAAAUAAUUCAAGCAUUCUAUUUGGCAGGAUUGGCUGUCAACUCUUCAGUUUUCUGAAAAUACCUUAAGUGUUUUCUUUUCUUUUUUACAUUUUGUUGUUGUUGUUAAUUUAUUUUGAGGUAUAAUGUUUAGUAAACAUACUUUGGUUUUCUUCAGCACAGGCUUUGUUCUGAGUUGAAUUAAUGUUUCAAGAGGACUAUCUAAAAACCACUUAUUUAUAGCGAUUCCUACUUGAAAUUUUAACUUUUCUUCAUUGUGUCAUAGUAGUAUAUGCUUUUGUCUCCUUUCUUUGAGUUUAUCAUUGUUUUCUUGGGUGUAGACUGUACAUGACAAAGUUUCCUUAUGUCUGAAAUACAGGCGUCACUACAGCGAUGCAGAAAAACAGGCUAAUCGUAACUGCACGGAGGAGAUGUUUAUUGGUAUUUUGGGUUUGAUCCUGAUCUUCUCUCAUCUGAUGUGAGCUGCUCAGGGAAAUAAUAAUAAUACUAAUUCUGUGCUGUUUCCACACAAGUGAAACAGAAGCAACUAUUCAUAUCUUCUUAAAGUGUUCUCUACAGGUGCCUAUAUAUGCUCAUAUGCUUCAGGCUCUCAAAUUUUCUGGCUUUGUUAUCUUUGGACUUAACAACCAUUAUCAUUUUACCUUUAUCAUAUUUUUGAAAUUUAGCCAAGUUAAUAAUUGUUCAAGUGCCAUUUAUUAAGUGUUAAGGGAGAUUACGAAUGGCCUUUGAAACUCCUUAAAGUGAGGUGUCUACCUCCCAUUUGUAUCUUUGAAAAGUCUCCCUGCUUUUUUAAAAUAAUAUUUUUCAUUAAAUGAUUCAACACGAACAUUA